AUGAGUCGUCUUUACGCUAAAGGUCGUGUUCUUGGAUUCAAGCGUGCUAAGCGCAACCAGCGCCCCGAUAUCUCGCUCAUCCAGAUCGAGGGUGUGAAGACUGCUGCCGAUACUGAUUUCUACCUCGGCAAGCGUGUUGCCUUUGUGUACCGCGCCAAGCGUGAGGUCAACGGCUCCAAGAUCCGCUGUAUCUGGGGUCGUAUCACUCGCGCCCACGGUGGCUCUGGCGCUGUCAAGGCCCGUUUCCGCAACAACUUGCCCGCCAAGUCCUUCGGUGCCUCCGUCCGCGUCGUAUGGGAAAUUGAUUUUGUUUACUUGCAAGCGUGGCGAUAUGUUCAUAAAGGAUGAUUAAUUGUGCUAACUACAUUAUCCUUCUCAUCAUUCGUUUCCUUCGCACUGUAGAGUUUAAGUUUCCCGUUCCUAAAUAAACCCGUGGAGCAUUUAUCGACUCUGACUAUUAAAAUAUCUUCAGC